AUGACAAUGUUGCGCAUCUUCGUGCGCGGGUACCGGCGCCUGGUUGCCACAUUCGUAGCACCCGAUACGUGUCCAAUCUGCCUGGAUGUCGUCCCGAUACUGGCGCUGCGCGACGUGGAGAGCGAAGACGAUGAGGCUCAUGCAAAGCUGCGCUGUCGCCACCGUUUUUGUGCUGAGUGCGUUCGGAGGUAUAUUCAGAUGAAGAUCAAAGGGCGCCAAGUGGACGAAGAUGAAUUGGUAUGCCCAGUAGUGGAGUGCAAACAGAGCAUCAAGGAGGAGGACAUGGAACGCAUUAUCGGGAAGGACGAGACGACACUGUACCGAGCAAUACUGAAGCGCAAGCGAGACGAGAAGAAUCCGAGUGCGAGGUGGUGUCCAAGACCAGGCUGCGACGAGCUCAUUAUCUGUGAGAGCACGGACAAUUUCACGUGCCCAAAGUGCGAUACAGUGGGAUGUUUCCGUUGUCGCGGAUAUGCACAUCGGUUUUGGUUCUGUCGUGGUGCUCAGGAUAAAACGAAGGCUGCAAUCACAUGA